AACUCCGAAACCAGCUGAUUCAUGAGUUGAUGCACCCUGUGCUGAGCGGAGAACUGCAGCCACGGUCCGUGUCUGUGGCAGGGGGCGCCCUCUUAGCCGGCGCUUCCAACUCACUGGUGGCGGAGCACUUACAGAGAUGUGGCUAUGAGUACUCGCUUUCUGUCUUCUUUCCGGAGAGCGGCUUGGCAAAAGAAAAGGUACUUACUAUGCAGGACCUGUUAGAACUCAUUAAAAUCAACCCCACGUCCAGUCUCUACAAAUCACUGAUUUCAAGAUGUGAUCAAGAAAACCAGAAAGGUUUCCUCAUGCAGUUUUUAAAAGAAUUGGCAGAAUAUCACCAGACGAAAGCCAGCUGUGAUGUGGAAACUCAGACGAUGCCAUUGGCCGGCAGAGACUCUCUGGCUGAGAAGUUCCAGCGUAUCGAUGACCACUUUGCUGAUAGUUACCCGCAGCAUCCGAAGUUGGAGUCUCUGGAGAUGAAGCUAAAUGAGUAUAAAAAAGAAAUAGAAAAGCAGCUCCGGGCCGAACUGGUUCAUAAGUUGGCGUAUUUUAAAGAGACUGAACUAGGAAAAGUUAAAAUGGAAGAGAAAAGAAAAUGUGAGAAGGAAUUAGCGGAAUUGCGGAAUGAAUUUGAAAGAGCUUGUCAAGCAAAAUCUGAAGCCCUCAUUUCUCGGGAAAAGAUGUCCCUUGAGAGAAUUCAAAAGCACCAGGAGACUGAAACAAAAGAAAUUUAUGCUCAAAGGCAGCUUCUGCUAAAAGACAUAGAUGUGCUAAGAGGCAGAGAAGCAGACCUGAAGCAAAGAAUGGACGCUUUCGAAUUAGCCCAGAGAAUGCAGGAAGAAAAAAACAAGAGCAUGAAUGAUGCACUCAAGAGACGGGAACUGACUAUCAAGAGCCUUGAGGAGACCUAUGACCAAAAACUCAAAAAUGAACUUCUAAGGUAUCAGCUGGAGCUGAAGGAGGACUACAUCAACAGAACUAACAGUCUGAUUGAAAAUGAAAGGAAGAAUAAAGAAAAAGCUACAUAUUUGCAAGAGGAGCUCGCCUCUGUCAAUUCGAAAAAGGAAGAAUACAAUUUAUCUGUAAAUCGUGUGAAGGAACUUGAGCUUGAGUUAGAGUCUGUCAAAGGCAAGUCCAUGGCUCUGAUGAAGCAAAACCACCUGCUGAAUGAGAAAGUUAAAGAGAUGAGUGACUAUUCAUCACUGAAAGAAGGGAAACUGGAGCUUCAGGCACAAAAUAAAUUACUGAAGCAACAACUGGAAGAGAGUAGAAAUGAAAACUUGCAGCUCCUAAAUCGCAUUGCCAUGCCAUCUCCUGAACUGGUAAUUUUCCAAAAAGAAUUGAGGAAAGCAGAAAAUGCUAUAGCAUAUGAGCAUAAGGAGUUCGAAACCCACAAGCAAGCUCUGCAAAAACAGCUGCAAAGUGAAAUCGAGCAUUCUGUACAGCUGAAGGCCCAGGUGCUAGAAUACGAUUCCUCAGUGAAGCGGUUGACUAUGCAGGUGGCUGAUUUAAAAUUGCAACUGAGACAAACGCAGAUAGCCCUGGAGAAUGAAGUCUACCGCAACUCCAAGCAGCCCUUCCUGGAUCACUCCGUUAGUGCGUUCACGAGUAGCAAGAUGGUGCCUCAUGAACAUGAUAUAAGUGGAGAUUUCUUGAAAACUUCUCUGGACCAGGAAAGCCUGAUGGUGAAUGCAGUCUCACCAAGGAGUACAAGUUACCCAAAUGCCAACACGGAGGGCAGUUCCCCUGAUUCGGACCUGGAGUUUGUCACCAGCACCAAGGCUAAGAUGAAGGAACUCGACCAGGAAGCUGAGCGGUUGGGGAAAGCCUUCCAGAGUUACCGCCAGAGAAUCAGCCGGCAACCCACCAGUCGUAGUAGUAGCCUGGCAGCGGCCAAAAGCCCGUCACCCCUGCAAUUGCUAAGAACUCUCAGGAACAUCACUUCAGGUGCUCCUGAAAGAUGUGUUUUGGCAGAAGACAGGGUGGUCUCCGAACUGCCUCCAGAGGACACCGAUGUCAUGCUUGGGGAGGACAAGAGCGAGGUGUCAGAAGUGCUGAUGGGCAGCGUGGCCUCGCAGCCCAGAAGCGCCUCCUCCAGACGCCUCUCUUCCACUCCCCUCCCAAAGGCAAGGAGGAGCCUUGACGGUGACGUGUAUCCCGAAGGUUUGGUCCGAUCCCAUGUUGCAUCCCCCACUCCUGGCUCCAACAGGACGACCCCGCCGUCACCAGAUGAGUCCAGGCACAGCCCCUCCAUCAACCUGCUGUCCAGCGCUCUGGAGCUGAAGGCCAGUAUUUAUCCAAGACAAACCGAGCCUCAAGACAGAAGUGAAUUUUCAAAUCCAGACAAAUUGGCUUUUAAGGACAAUGAGGAAUUUGAAUUGGCUUUUGACUAUGCAGGGAGCGUGCCGAGGCAGUUUGAGGUGGAUAGGCUCCAGCCCGCUGGGGACAUGCCUCAGGCAGAUGCUGCCCCUGUCACUGCUGCGGCCGCUAGCACGUCUGCCUCCUGUCACUAUGCAAACACGGUUGAGAAACAAGUUGAGGAGCAGAAGGAAGAAGACAACAUAUGGGAACAGAAAGUGAAGGAACGAAGGCAGAGAGAAGAGAAAUGGCAUAGUGAGCAGCAGGAAGCUCUAGAAAGGGAAAGAAGAGAACUAGAAAAACUGGAUCAAGAACGGAGGAUGACUGAAGACUCCUUGAAGAUUGAAAUGGAAAAGGAAUUAGAAGUGAAAGAUAAAUCUGCCUGCAGUGAAAACCUUCUGGAGAAAUAUAUGAAAAUCAUCAGAAAGGGCCAGGGCCAGGCGACGGCGGGCCAGCACUUAGGAAAGACCAUCGGAGACGUCUCACAAGCGGACACACUGCCGUCCAGCGAGAAGGACGAGAGUGCCAGAGGCUCCUCUCAGGAAGAAGCAGAUGACUUCUGGUGACUGUGGGUGACCCCAGCUUCACGUAAUGUAACCACAGGGCUGAGUGCUCUGCAGUAAGACAAAGUUCUCAAUAAAAACUUUGUGUAACCUAUGGCUUAAUGUCAUGAUUUUGUUUGGGUUAUAAUGUAUGAAUUAAAAAUAAUCUCCAUGGGUAACACCCUGGCAUUUCUCA